CAAGCAUUGUCUUGAGCCAUUGUCAAGAUCUUUCAAGGACCUCUGUAUUUUGUUAUGUUGAGUCUUUCCCUAAAUCCUAACCAGUCUCCCAGUCAAUAAGAAGCAUCCCCAUAGCAUGAUGCUUAUUUUUUCAACUCAAGGCCCACUAAUGAGAAUGAGCCUAGGGGUUAGAUGCUGAUCCAGUAAUCAAAAGAACAAUGGUUCAAAUCCCAGAUCCAACAAAAAUCUUUCAGGGCAUUUUUCCAUGUUUGGAUUUCUCUGGCAAUGGCCAAAGUUGAGUCUACACUCACCAGGACACAGGACUGGAACUUUUUAUUUCCAUUUACUACGUCCUACUCCACAGAUAAAUAGAUGGACAGAGGUAAUGGAAAAGCUGUCUAUCUUGCUCCAUAAGAAGUGCAAUGCAAGCACAAUACAUGGGGUAAUUUACUAUCUUGAUUACAGAAAAACUAGGAACUACAGGCAGCAGCUUGGGAAACUAAACACAAGGUUGAACCCAGCCUCCUUUCUUUAUGCCCCACCCACUAAUUAAGAUAUGCAAGUAACCCAAUGACUACCCACUCUAAGCCUAGCCCUUAGAUCACAUGGUUAGAAUAGAGAAAUUGGUUCUGUCUACUCAGUUACUUUAAACUCCUGCAUCACAGGUGUCUCAGGAGAGACAGACACAGGAAGAAAAAGCAUUUUUAAGUCAUGCAGGGCCAUCUGUAUCAGCUGCUGCUGGUGAAUGCUCUGACCUGUGGGCUGGAGGUGUGUAUGGCAGCCGGGACCUUCUACAUCCCCCCUCUAUUGUUACAGGCCGGCAUGGAAGAACGAUACAUGACCAUGGUGAUGGGAGUGGGGCCAAUCCUAGGUUUGAUUUUUGUGCCCAUAAUUGGCUCAUACAGCGACUCAUGGCGUGGACGUUUUGGUCGGCGCAGGCCGUUCAUUUGGCUGCUGUGUGUCGGGGUUCUGCUGGGCCUGCAGAUUAUGCCCCAGGCCUCUCGUCUAGCUGCCUUGUUAUGCCCAAAGCACCCCCGCUGGCUAGAAAGGAUACUGCUGGCAGGGACAGCCAGUCUACUGGAGUUCUCUGGACAGGCUUGUUUCACUCCACUGGAGGCCCUGAUCUCAGACAAAUUCCCCGGAGAGGAGGAGAGUCGAAGGGCAUUCUCUGUCUACUCCCUGAUGAUCAGCCUGGGAGGAUGCCUUGGUUACCUGCUCUCAGCCCUGGACUGGAGCCACGACUCCACGGCAGCCUACCUCGGUGGCCAGGAAGCCUUCGUCUACACCUUGCUCAGCCUCAUCUUCUUCACCUGCCUCCUUAGCACAAUCUUCAUUUCAGAGGAUAGAUGGACCGGAGGGGGAGAGACGACAGGGAAGGUUGUAAAGGUCAUCUCUCCCCUGAGCCCGUCCCAUUGGAGGAAGCCCCAGUGUGUGCACCCCUGGCUGCCGUGGCCCCAGUGUGUGUGGCUGGUGUUGGGGAGAGGUGUGUCACUGUGUCUGUCGUGGCCCCAGUGUGUGUGGCUGGUGUUGGGGAGAGGUGUGUCACUGUGUCUGCCGACGCUGCUGCACACAUUCACUGUGUGUAUGCGCACGCCGGCAGUCAUACGCAGGCUGUUUAUCGCCGAACUGUUCAGCUGGAUGGCGCUGAUGAGCUUCAUGCUGUUCUACACAGACUUCAUGGGAGUGGGGCUGUACCGAGGAGUCCCAAAUGCUACCGCUGGAACACAGGAGAGACUACGAUACGAAAAAGGUGUGCGCAUGGCUAGCCUGGGUCUGUUCCUACAGUGCGUGACCUCAGUGAUCUGCUCCAUCCUGAUGGAGCGCUGGAUAGUGUUGCUAGGGACCCGGGCUGUGUAUGUUAGCAGUUUGGUCCUGCUAGCGUUAUCCACAGCUGUGAUGAGCUUCUCAAAGAGUGUAAUGAUUGUCACUGUCAUGGCCGCAGCAACUGGGUAUACCUUCUGUGUGCUACAGGUCCUGCCAUACACCCUGCUGAGCCUGUACCACUCUAAUAAACAGGUAUUUUUUCCCAAUUCUACACCUAGAACUUCUCAAAAUUAUGACCGCAUUCACUCCAAGCCCCCCGACCCCGCCAAUCCCAUCCAUGUCAUUGGCAACAGCUACCCAGAACGAGUAACUCACUCCGGGGCAGCACCUGUACUCUCCUCCACCCCCUGCCACAUGUCCCUGGCCCUGGGAAAAGAAGCCGUACCGCAGCCUCAGCGAGGGAUGUGUCUGGACAUGGCUAUUCUGGAUAGUGCCUACCUGCUUUCACAGGUGCUGCCUUCUCUGUGUCUGGGCUCUAUAGUGGAACAGUCUCACAGUGUCAGUGCCUACAUGGCCUCAGCCUGCUCCCUCAGCCUUUUGGCCCUACUCUGCACCACCGGCGUCAUCUUCACACACAGCGAUCUGCACAGGCUCAUGGGGUCAAAGGGCAAUGGUCCAACAGUGAAGGGUUAACCAAUUGUGGAUUUUAGUUGUUGUAUUCUAUUAUGGAAUUGCAUAUUUCAACUAGAUUGUGGCAUCAGCAGCAGAAUGGAGUCCAGGAUGGAUGCAAAAGAUUCCAUAUCUCUUCAAAUGCAUCUGGGAUAAAACAUUUAAAAAAGGGUGAACCCUGACAUCAGCACCUCUGACAGGCAGAUGGUGGGACAGACAGACCGACAGAGACAGAACAGGCAGAGUUCUUCAUGGUUUCGUGUGCUGAGACAACCAGAAAACCAUGAGAGGUGGUCAAUCCUUGUAACCACUGCAAGGGACAGUAAAGUGUUGGGAAAGUGUAGUCCCCCCCCCC